AUGGGUUUAAAACUCAUCUCUCUUUUCCUUCUUGUUUCACUUCUCAUACUCACAAUCUUGUUCGGAGCCGACCAGGCCUUGGCUUCCGACAAGAAACCGCAUGUGAGCCACCGUAACAGAACGGCGUUGGCCGCCGCAGGAGGAGGAAAAGCGGUGAUCAUGAAAGGGAGGAAACAAGAGAGUGGUUGUAACUUGUUCCAAGGGAGAUGGGUUUUUGACGCUUCUUACCCACUCUACGAUACGUCUACGUGUCCAUUCAUCGACGGCCAGUUCGAUUGUCUGAAAUUCGGCCGACCAGACAAACAGUUCCUUAAGUACUCUUGGCAACCUGAUUCAUGCACCGUCCCAAGGUUUGAUGGAGAAGCGUUUCUGAAGAGAUGGAGAGGGAAACGAGUGAUGUUCGUGGGUGACUCACUGAGUCUAAACAUGUGGGAAUCGUUGGGAUGUAUGAUACAUGCGUCGGUUCCAAACACAAAGACCACUUUUCUCAAACGCAGCCCACUCUCUAUCACUUUCGAGGAAUAUGAUGUAACAUUAUACCUUUACCGAACACCCUACUUGGUGGACAUCUCCAAAGAAAGUGUCGGACGUGUGCUUAACCUUGGAACCAUCGAAGAUGGUGCUGAUGCUUGGAAAGACAUGGACAUUCUCAUCUUCAAUUCUUGGCACUGGUGGGUUCACAGAGGAGCACAAUCCCAAGGGUGGGAUUUUAUAAGAAAUGGGUCUUCACUUAUAAGAGACAUGGACCGUCUUGACGCCUUCAACAUAGGACUCACCACUUGGGCUCAAUGGGUUGAUAAAAACGUUAACACUUCGCAAACCCGAGUUUUCUUCCAAGGCAUUUCUCCUAGUCACUACACAGGAAGUGAAUGGCAUGAGCCAAGGAAGAAUUGCGAGGGGCAGAUGCAACCAUUGACCGGAUCAACAUACCCUGGUGGUUCACUUCCUGCACAAAACAUCGUGUCUCGAGUGUUGAGCUCGAUGAAAACGCAUGUUUACUUACUUGACAUCACAACACUGUCUCAACUGAGAAAAGAUGCUCAUCCAUCUGCCUAUGGAGUCGAUAAAGGAAUGGAUUGCAGCCACUGGUGCCUUCCUGGCUUGCCGGAUACUUGGAACCAGCUUCUCUAUGCAGCUCUUUCCAUGUGA